AGAGACAUCGCGGCGUUGUUCAAACUGUUUGAUGCCGACGAGAACACGCGCAGCGCCAUCCUGAUCGACCUAUACUUCAACACCCUGGCGUACGCGACGAAGAGCGGCUUCAACACGGAAAAGUCCUCCACGUGGUUGGCGAUCGUCAAGGCUGUGCACGAGAAGGCGACGGGGGAGCUGCAGACCAUCGGGAACAGCUUCGAGUUUUUCAAGCUGCUCAUGCUUCAGAGUAGCGUGCACCGGCCGCCGUAUAGCUUAGGCAUAUUCACCUACGCCGAGAUGAAGGACCUGACGGAGUAUAUGCUGAGCACGUACUUUCGGCACUACAAGCUGUACCAGUACGCGUUUACGAAGCUGGUGAGGAUGGAUGUCAAGCUGGCGUCACCAGUACUGGAGACGGCUCCGACACCCUUCGAGCUGCUGGGCGUGGCGUUCCCCGACUCAGAGUGGGCAGAGAAGCAGGCGGAGAUCAAGGCGAAGAUCGAGGAGGAGAGGCGCAAGGCGGAGGAGGAGGCGGCGGCCAAGGAGGAGGCGGAGCGCGAAGCGAGAAUCAAGGCAGAGUACGACGCAGCCAUCCCGGAGGAGGUCAGCACGAGGGUGUCGGAGGCUUUGGCGCAGUCCAUGAAAGAGAUGAAGGAACAGCUAGAGGCGAGGUUCAAAGAGCAGGAGGAGGCGCUGCUUGCCAAGAUAGCCGAGCUGGAAGCA